AUGUUUUUUUCCCCUCCUCCAUAGUCCUCCUUGUUUCCCUCCAUCUCUGCUGAUCUGUCAGUGCUCGGACGUUGCGUUAAGGUGCAGACCCGAGUCCCGCUCUUGGGGAAAUUUGAGGAAAGUCAGACUACAUAUACGUCUUCAAAGGACAGUAUACGACUAUUUGUAUUGAGACGACAGACAUUUUACCGCCUUUGUGCAGUUGCUUUGAAACUACAGUAAAAUGGAUCCAAUGACUCAGUCCACCCAGAUAUCAUCGUCGCAAGGGAUUGCCGAUGGACAAAAUGCGGCUCCCAAAGAAUCAAAGCUAUCCGAUUCCUUUCUUUCCUCUUCGCCUGUAUCUCUCAUUCAGUCUCCUCAAGACAAAAGAGUGGUCCUGGGCUCCGACAAGCCCUGCGAAGGUGUUGCGACAUCCCUUCGGUUUCCUUCUCAACCUGGCUCAUUCACCCCUGUUAAUUACGGUAGUGAAGCAGGGCCGCCAGAUGGACAACCGGAUUCACCGAUAAAGACGUCUCCUGUUUCGGAGCGAAUAAAGGCACUAGAAGCUCUUGCUGCCAAAAAGAAGGAACCAGAUUUUAAAAGCGAUGGCGGUUUCUCUCACUUCAGAGACCGCCACCAAGAAAAAUCUCCAACUGAGACGCCCAAAUCUCCGACUGAGACCAAAAAAUCUCCCUCAGUGACCCCCAAAUAUCCCACUGAGACCCCCAAAUUCUCGACUGAGACCCCUAAAUUCUCGACUGAGACCCCCAAAUUCAACACUGAGACCCCCAAAUUCAACACUGAGACCCCCAAAUUCAACACUGAGACCCCCAAAUUCAACACUGAGAUCCCUAAAUUCUCCACUGAAACAACCAAAUCUCCUACAGAGACCCCAAAAUCUCCCACUGAGAAAAUUACGCCGACUGUCCAGCAAAGAGGAGGUUCUGCGGAUCAGGAGUCACCGGAAUCCCCCUUUGAAGUACUUGGGGAAUUAAGAAAAGUGAAUGAAUUUGAAGAAACAGAAGAGUGGAUGAAGGCUCAUUUACCUCCUGUGCCUGACUUUGAUGUUGUAGAUUUAAUUAAAGGCACCCUGACUUCAGACAAUGUUACAUCAAAGGACAAGAAGGAGAUUGACAUAGUUAUACACGAUGCUCCUGCUACCUUUGCUGGUGUCCCUGAUGCUUUCAUGGAUUCACCUGCUGAAGUGCCAAAACUGAAGGAAGAGUUCAAUGAUGCACAGAAACAGCCAAGUGUUGAGGAGGAGUCUGAGUUUGACCUUAGCUUUUUGCCAACGGCCCACAUGUGGGAUCAGCAGGACAAAUCUACCCUUGAUUCAGUUCCAGCUUCACCUGCACCUCCUGCAGCCUUUGACUCCCCAUCUCCUCCUGUCUCUCCACUAGUUGGCAAGGAUGCUAAGCAGAAUGUUUCCGAUGACAAGAAGACAACAUGGACCGGAGAUCUGGAAGCCCCAGAGGCAAGUGAAGCUGACAGCUCAGGAGAGUCAGAUGACACUGUCAUUGAAGAUGGUAUCACAGUUUCUGCAUCAGUUCCUCCUCCAUCUUCUGAUCAAGCAUUUUCCGCCGCUCCCAAUCUUCCCACUGAGGAAAAGGAAACUCCUCCAAAGUCUGAGAGGAAGCUAAUGCAGGUUCCAACAAUAAAUGUUAUUGAGACAGACGAGCCAAAUUACAGUGAAGAGGAGAUGGAGAUGGAAAUGGAAAUGGAGCUUGAAGCAGAGGAAGAUGAGGAUUUUGGGGCUGUAAAAGACCUAGCGAGAGAGGCUCCAAAAACCCCAGAACCAGAGCUAGAGGUCAGUAAAUAUGAACCACCCAAAACACGGCCCUUAGAAACUGAGUUCAUAGAAGGCUACUCUCCUCCGUCCUCACCUGUGGACUCUGAUGCUGAAUACUCUCCUAAACACAACAUACUCAAAUCUCUUCCUGAAACAGUACAACAGGAAUCUGCAUCAAAACCUGAGGCCCUACCCAAUCAAGCACACACUGAUAAAUCACAGACCACUUUCAAUAAAGGAAAUGAUGAACCCUACCCUUUCACAGUCACAAAUAAAGAAGUGGACUUCCUUGACAACGAUGACGAGUGGUCAGAUGAAGCACAGGAUAUCCUGGUCAAACCUUGCAAGACUGAUCUUGCGUUCAUGGAAACAACCAACUGCACCAAAUCCAAGGUGGAUGAAAAGAACACAGCUGCAAAAGAGGCUCAUAUGGAGAUGGCUUCACUUUCUAAAACCAGCUUCAUGCAAGAUGAUAUAUAUGACAGACAAUCAUUUGAUUAUGAUUAUGAUGCAUCCUCUCCCUUGGAUGACAUUGAUGAAAAAGGGCUAAACAAUGCUAAGGAGCAGUUUCUUUCUGAUCCUUCACAAAUCAACGACGAACCACGGAAUGCAAGUAGUCAAAUUCUGGACAAUUUCACUUCAGUGAAUGAUGACGAAGCCUUCCCUAAACCAGUUGGUCAGCCAUGUCUAAGAGAUUACCCCCAAGACCCAUAUUCCUCUUUCCAAAGUGAGACGCAAAGCAAUAUCAAUGAGCAAGAGUUCAAUAAGACAAUGACCACUGACAGUGUUACAGAUAACAUGGCAAAUGGCAACUCCCUCCCAGCACAGAAGAUUGGCUCAAAGAUCCAGCCAGACACUAGAGCAAGUCAACAUGCCCCUGAAACUACAAGCAACCCUGAAAACAUUGACUCUGACAGCUCAAUUUCUGAACCUACAGAUAGCUUUGUGGAGUUCAUGCGAGAGUGCCUGAAAUCAAGGCAGGAUGAAGAACCUGACGACACGCACCAAACUGUACCUUCCAAGAACAAGCUCGGCAAAACUGGUUUGCCUCCUUCCCAGUCCCCUCCAACCAUGUUGAUGGAUCUUGAACAAGAACGUCUUACGAUCACUGCUCUCAAAGAGCUUGGCAGCAGUCAAGAGGAGGAGGAGGAGUUGGCGUAUCUACAGUCAAAGGUUCCUGACCAAGGAAAAACUAACCCAAAUGUUACAUCUAUACAGCAGUCUUCCCUUACCUCAGUUCCUAAUCCUCCAUGUUCCCAGAGCAACCGUGUGUUUGACGGCACGUAUUCCAAAGAGGUAGAAGCCAUCGACGAAUGGGUGGCUGAAGCCUAUCAUCUUGCUGAGCAUGUCUUGACAGCAAUACUAACCCACUUAUCAGUUAAGGAUCUGAUCCAUUGGCGAGACCCCAAGAAGUCGGGCUUGGUGUUUGGGCUGUCCAUGCUGAUGCUGCUGUCGCUGGCAGCCUUCAGCGUCAUCAGCGUGGCUUCCUACCUUCUGCUGGCCCUGCUCUGCGUCACCAUCACCUUCCGCAUCUACAAGUCUGUCGUCCAGGCCGUGCAGAAGUCCAGCGACGGACACCCCUUCAAAACUCUGAUAGAUAAGGAUGUCAGCAUCCCCCCAGAGACUUUCCGCAAGCACGUGGACGCCAGUCUGACCUACAUCAACCGAGCCCUGAAGCAGAUGAGCCGCCUCUUCCUGGUCGAGGACCUUGUGGACUCCCUAAAGCUGGCAGUGGUCAUGUGGCUGUUCACCUACGUAGGCGCUGUCUUCAAUGGAAUCACCAUUCUCAUCCUGGCCGACAUCCUCCUCUUCGCCGUGCCUCCCGUCUACGAGAAGAACAAGACCCAGGUUGAUCAGUACAUCGACGUGAUACGUACUCAAGUCAACACCACAAUGGCCAAGUUGCAAGAGAAACUUCCGGGAGCUGUGAAGCGCAGCAAAACUGAAUGAUCAACCCACCAAUUGGAAACCUCCAUGUCACCAUCAUCUUCAUCGCCAUCAUUAUCUUAGUUUCCCCCCCCCCCCCCGUACCCUCUCCCACCCCCCCUCUCGAGAUAACCCCCUGCCCCAGUCUAACUCCUCCUCCCUACUCCAUCAACCAUCACCACCCUACUACACUGAACCUUGCUAGGUAGAAACAUCUCUGAGCUACUCGAUAUUUAAUGUAAAAAAACAAACAAACAAAAAAACUACUGCGCCGCUUAACUUGCAAGCAUAAAAAAGAACUGUGCCUGUGCAGACAGGAAGCGUGUCAAUAGCGAGGAAGCGACGUAGCGCUGCGGCGGACCCUCACUGUCUGUGGGUGCGCCACAGGGGAAUGGAGGCAGGGUCGAGUGAACUAGACUGAAUCUAUGACCUGGUUUAGUCGUGUACAGCGAGCAGGGGGUGGAUGAUUGCUGUCUAAUGUCACAAAAAAAGCAAAUGUCUGUACUUUAAGACCACACAUUUCCCUGACGGUUAAUGGAUCAUUUAAGAUGGAAAAAGUAAAAAUGUAAAAAAAAUCUAAUAAUAAAACCAAUGGUUUGGGUGUAAUCUAGUCUUAUCCUGCUCUCUUGCUCUACAGCUGUUGGAUAGAUAUGAGGCUGGUAAUGGGUUUGCUGUUGCUGAUUGGCCUGUUAUUGAGUUAGUUUUCAUUCACCUUACAGGCACUUGUGUAUGUAAGUAUCUGCAAUGCACUGAACUUUUAUUUUUUUUUAAACUCUUGAGCAGGUUGAAAUAAAAGGAUUGGAACACUGAGCCAGCUGUGAUAAUUUGGUCUAGUUCACCCUCUUGAUCAGAAGCAUUUCCUGGACAGUUUUCUGUAUGUAUAUACACCUUAAGACAACUACAGGCUCUCUCUGCUGUAUGGCACAUGUUAGCCUCGCUUUUUAUAUCAAAGGAAAGUUCCCUCACUUACAGCAGUCCUAACUCUGUCAAAGUCUCACAUUCGCUUCUGAAUUUUUAUUAUUCUUAUUACUAUUAUUAAUAUUAAUUAUAGGACGGCUGCUUUGACUCACUAGUAGCUUGACAACAGCAUUGUAAGAGUUAUGUUAAGUGUCAUUGAGCUUCAUCAUUUUAAAACUGGAGGUCUCUGAGGCCUCCUGAGAAAUGAUUCCUGAUUGUUGGAUAAGUUAAGAGAUGUGUUAUCACACCCUUAAAUCUCAAAAAGGUUUUCCCAGCUUGCUGUUGGUGUUUAAAAAAAAUAAUUAAAUAAUAAUAGAUCUACUGCUGAACUGUUCGGAUUUUCAAAACUGGAGUAUAGAGUGUGCCACCAAAAUAAAUAUUGACUUUUACAGUGUUUUUAAGAGUUCACUUUAUAGCUUUCUCCGAGAGAUACGCUUUACAGCGCUGAAAGAAAGAAGCUUGUAAGUGAAAUAAAGUUUAAAACCCAAUCAAAUUAUAAUCAAUUGAACUAAUUGAUACUUUUGAAGUAUAACAAUUUGAAUUCGUAAUAGUCUUUAAAAAUGCAUUAAUGUCUUAUAAUUCCACACUGUUUUAAGGCUAUAACUAUUUUUGGCGCAGUUGACACUCCAUACGAAAACCUAUACAGUGACCUUAGAGGGAGUUUAGAGGUUAGGGGUUUGUAUAACAAAACAGUGGGUACAAUGUUAAUAUAAGCGUGUAGCUGGGGAUAUAUGGACGCGGUUUUGGUUUGGAGUGGUUAUUAUAGAGCUCUGUUUGUCACUUGGUUCUUUUUAUUUGACAGCCAUGAAGCGCAUGUCAUAGUGUAAGCUGGAAACAGAUUCUCGCCCUUUAUAUAGGCUGUAUCAUAUUCUCGACCCUGACUUUUGUUUAAUAUGAUUAUUACUUGUGACUGUUUCAAUGGUGUUUUUGAACUCAGUAAAAAAAACCAUAGUUAUAUGUUAGCACUACUGCUACGUCUGCCUAUUGUUUUUAAGGGAUGAAUAUAUAGAAGGAAAUGACAAGUAUGUUGGUGUUGCUGUUCAUUUUAUUUGUGCCCCAAAAUAAGUUUGCACGGAGUUAAUGUCCCCUCAAUACUGAAUAGCCAACAGCCUCUCAAAGCAGUAACUACUCAAACAACUACGUCUGCCUGUGUACUGAAUGUUUUCUCUGGUGGAACAUUCCUCCCCAUGCAUGCCCUCCACUGUGCGUCGUCUCACUGUGAUCGCCUCACAGAUGUCUUGGUUGACCCCUCGUGCAUGCUGUCUCAUUUAGACUCUGGGCGUUAAAGCCAAAAUAUGCAACGUUUCUGUUGGAGAUGCUAGCUCUUAGCCACACCCCUUCAGUUGGGCAGGUUAUGGCCCCCUGUGACUUGUCAGCUCGCCUGAGGCUGAGCUGAGCAGCAUCUGUAAAGGUGCUAAAGCAGCAGACGGAAAGUGUGAGGGAGCAUCAGGUCUGAACACUGAGACCGAUAAUGUUUAUUAUGCAUCCUGAUUAUUUAUUUUAAUGUGUAGAAGUUGCAUAUUGUAGCUUUAAGUUGUCAUUUUCAUCUAAAAGCUUAACGUCGCGCAAGCUAUUGAAGCGCUUUUGCUUUAGAUGUUUGGUUUACAUUUAUUCGGUUUAUUUAAAGGGUCAGUUCAACCAAAUUACAACAAAGAAUACACGUCUCUGACUGUCACCCAAAAUUCAGAGAACCAAAGUUACAUUUGGUAUGUCAUUUGUUGUGCUCGGAGCUUUGAAUUCUGACUUUUUGAGGGACUAUUUCUUUUAGAAUGUAGUUCCAAGGAAAUCUGUUCACAGUGAGGAGCAAAUUCCUUUAACAUCCACUGUCUUGUGUUGGAGGUGGGAAUCUCAGAGACACUGAAUUUAAUCUGAAACAGUUUUAGUUUGAACUGACCCUUUUAAUGUUUAACCAGAUACCUGUCAGUCUGACCUUACCCCAGAAGUGUGGCGCUAUGAAAGGUAAUUAGCUUUCCAUAUGCACAUCACCUUUAACUUUAGUUCAGGAGAGGCCAUGUUACCUGUGUUAGUGUGCUGCCAAGGCUAAACAGAUCACUACUUUUAAGAUUCAUAGUUGGCUUAUUUCUUUAGAGUGUAAUAUAUAACAUGAAUAAAAUAUGUUCCCUCACAGCAUGUUGCUUUUCUCCUUUUCCUGUUUGUCCCUGUGUUUUCAUCAGGUAUGGGAGUGUGUGGCAGGAGUGUGUUUGACUUUUUGUUUUUUUUUGUCUCUGGAGAGUCUUGUUUUGCUUUUGACUCUAUACUGGUUUCUAGACGUUGUUCACUAACAUCAGCUCUGUUUUGUAUUAGCUAUGACUUUGGUUCCGAUUUUUGAAGCUUUGGGAAAGAUGUUGCAGGAACAAAAGAAGAAAACAAAAAAAAAGAAAACAGGAAAAAAAAGUUUGUGGUCUCUGUACUGAUGUCAAAGUGAAAUUAAUAAAAACACGUCAAAGGAC